GCCUCCGCCUCUGUAAAACCCUCAGGUCGGCCUCCCUCCUCUCCUCGUCCCUCCUCCCCGCCGCCGCCGCAGCAGGUACGUCGGCAUCUCGCCUCGUUCCUCUUGGAUUCCGGAUGCUCGUUCCCCGACGGAUCUGGAUGAUCCAUUGACCCCCUUCGCUGGAUUCGGGGUCAAAUCGGUCGUUAAGGGGAGGGGGGGGGGAUGGUUGGUUCAUAUGUACAUGCGUGUUGUUGAUGGAUUCUACUCGUUCCACCACUAGAUUUAAUCCUCAAUGGCGGCCUUCAACAAGCUCGGUAGCUUCCUCAGGCACAGUGGCUUGACAAGCAGUGCCUCGGCCGGCUCUUCCCCUGCCAUGUUCAAUGCUGCUCGUCUGAUGUCCACCAAGCUUUUCGUUGGUGGUCUUUCUUGGAAUACUAAUGACGAUUCGCUGAAAGAGGCAUUCACCAGCUUCGGGGAUGUGACUGAAGCUCGGGUGAUCAAUGACAGAGAAUCUGGAAGGUCAAGAGGGUUUGGCUUUGUUAGCUUUGCCAAUGGCGAUGAUGCCAAGAGUGCCAUGGAUGCCAUGGACGGUAAGGAACUUGAGGGACGGAGUAUCCGCGUGAACUUCGCGAAUGAGAGACCUCCAGGGAACCGAGGUGGCGGCGGGUAUGGUGGUGGUGGCGGUGGUUAUGGUAACCAAGGAGGCUAUGGUGAUGGCAACCGAGGCUAUGGAGGGCAGUACUAAAGUGGGCACUGACUUGCUUAAAUAAUGAGCUUAGGACCUGAUGUGGCUUAUGUGAAGCCUUAUUAUUGUUUACUUUUGUACCGUUUAGUAUCCGUCGUCGUUGAAAUUCUAGGUGAAGAUUAAAUCUUCAUAUUGCACUUUAUAUGCUUGGCGUGAAGGCCUAGGAUGCGAAUGGUGCUUUUUUGUGAGUGAGAACUGAGAACACAUGCAUGUCUUCAUAUCUAUUGCAAUGUGUAGAGGGUCAUUACUCGAGUGUGUCAGCAAGUCUUAUUAUUUCAUAUUUGAUCUGCAUCGAGCAUUCGUUCACAAGACAAAUCGCCUGAGCAGCGUCCGUGAACAUUUGAUCAACGUGAUGUGUAUUCUCUGCGUUGCUUCC